AUGGGGAAACAGAACAGCAAGCUGCGGCCAGAGAUGCUGCAGGACCUCCGGGAGAAUACCGAGUUCUCUGACCACGAGCUGCAGGAGUGGUACAAGGGUUUCUUGAAGGACUGUCCCAGUGGAACCUUGAACGUGGAGGAGUUCAAGAAGAUCUACGCCAACUUCUUCCCUUACGGUGACGCCUCCAAGUUCGCUGAGCACGUCUUCCGAACCUUCGACACCAACGGCGACGGGACGAUAGACUUCCGGGAGUUCAUCAUCGCCUUGAGCGUGACGUCACGGGGAAAACUGGAGCAGAAGCUGAAGUGGGCCUUCAGUAUGUACGACCUGGACGGAAACGGGUACAUCAGCCGCGAGGAGAUGCUGGAGAUUGUACAGGCCAUCUACAAGAUGGUGUCAUCUGUGAUGAAGAUGCCAGAGGAUGAAUCCACGCCGGAGAAGAGGACGGAUAAGAUCUUCAGACAAAUGGACCUCAAUAAUGAUGGCAAACUGUCCCUGGAGGAGUUCAUCAAAGGUGCCAAAAGCGACCCCUCCAUCGUCCGGCUACUCCAGUGCGACCCCAGCUCGGCCUCCCAGUUCUGA